AUGGACUCCCCCAUCACCUCUGUGGAGUCCUUCCGUUUCCUGGGCACCACCAUCACCCAGGACCUCAAGUGGGAGCCGACCAUCAGCUCCCUCAUCAAGAAGGCCCAACAGAGGAUGUACUUCCUGCGGCAGCUCAGGAAAGCCAAGCUGCCUGCACAGAUGUUGGUGCAGUUCUACACGGCCAUCAUCGAGUCCAUCCUCACCUCCUCCGUCACCGUGUGGUUCGCUGGAGCCACAGUCAGGGACAAACAGAGACUACAGCGCAUCGUGCGCUCUGCAGAGGAAGUGAUCGGCCGCAGCCUUCCAUCGCUGCAGGACCUAGUAAUAGAGUUUGCUCUGGCCCUCUCCCCGCGGGCCAACUCCGCGUCCCCAGCCAAUCUCUUUAGCGCCGUGUUUUUAUACCGUCCCCGGGCGCCAUCGUCACGGGUCAACAACGGAAGCGCGCAGAGGAGCCAGUGUAGCCGCCGCGGAUGUCAACAAGCUCUCCCAAGCGCCGCGUCGGGCUUUAGCAGCGAGGGGAAGCCGCCAGCGGUGCAGUCUCCAGAGAGAGAGAACAAAAGAUUCAAGAGAUGUCGUUAUGCUCAGAAAAUGGAAGGGUGA